CAACCCAAGAACAGCUUCGUUCUCACCAAUCCACCACACUACUAUCAAAAUGAAGACCGCCACCGUCCUCCUUGCCCUCGUUGCUGCUGCAUUUGCUGCACCUGCCCCAGUUGAGGAGCCAACUCUCGCCAAGCGUGGCUGCGCUGCUGGCGAUAUCUGCAUUAGCGGUACUUGCCACGUUUGGAGCUGUGGCCCUGUUGGAUGCUCCGUUGGUGGCUCUCUCGGUACCAGCUGCUAAAUUGUACGAUGAAAGAAUCUCUCAUGCAGGACUAAGAAGGAUAUAUGGUGUUAUGACAUUCCCUCGAGCAGUAUAUUAAAGCCCUAGCCAGGAUAAUAACGCUGCGAUCUUUUUAAAAGACAUCUUGUCCGACCAUCAAGGAAUCGCUUAAUUUGCCAUAUGGCCAAUCCAG